GGAGGGGCCGGGCCGGGCGGUUACCGGGACGGGACCGGGACGGGACCGGGACGGGGCCGGGGCAGGCCCGGGGGCAGCCCCGGGGGCAGGCGGCCAUGGCGCCGCGGCUGCAGCUGGAGAAGGCGGCGUGGCGCUGGACCGAGACGGUGCCGCCCGAGGCGGUGGCGCAGGAGCACAUCGAAGCGGCCUAUCGCGUCGGGCUGGAGCCCUGCCAGCGCGGGGCCUGCCGGAGGAACUGCCGGGGGAACCCCAACUGCCUGGUGGGCAUCGGGGAGCACGUCUGGCUGGGUGAGAUAGAUGAGAACACCUUCCACAACAUCGACGACCCCAACUGCGAGCGCCGCAAGAAGAAUGCGUUCGUGGGCCUAACCAACCUCGGCGCCACCUGCUACGUCAACACUUUCUUGCAGAUGUGGUUCCUCAACCUGGAGCUCCGACAGGCCCUCUACUUGUGUCCCAGCACCUGCAGCGAGCGCGCAGAGGGGCUCCCCAGGGACAAAGACUACGAGCCCCAGACCAUUUGUGAACACCUGCAGUACCUGUUUGCCCUGCUGCAGAACAGCAAGCGGCGCUACAUCGACCCCUCGGGCUUCGUCAAGGCGCUGGGCUUGGACACGGGGCAGCAGCAGGAUGCCCAGGAGUUUUCCAAACUCUUCAUGUCACUGCUGGAAGAUACUUUAUCCAAACAAAAAAACCCAGAUGUCCGAAAUAUUGUUCAAAAGCAGUUCUGUGGAGAAUAUGCCUACGUGACAGUCUGCAACCAGUGUGGCAGGGAGUCCAAACUUGUGUCUAAAUUUUAUGAGCUGGAGUUAAACAUCCAAGGGAACAAGCAGCUGACAGACUGUAUAACAGAAUUCCUGAAGGAAGAAAAAUUAGAAGGGGACAAUCGUUAUUUUUGUGAAACCUGUCAGAGUAAGCAGAAUGCCACCAGGAAGAUCAGGCUGCUGAGUCUUCCCUGCACUCUCAACCUGCAGCUGAUGCGUUUCGUGUUUGACAGACAAACUGGCCAUAAGAAAAAGCUGAACACCUACAUUGGCUUCUCUGAGCUGCUCGACAUGGAGCCUUUUAUGGAACAAAAAAAUGGUCUCUAUGUCUACGAGCUCAGCGCCGUCCUCAUCCACCGCGGCGUCAGCGCCUACUCCGGCCACUACAUCGCCCACGUGAAGGACCCUCAGACUGGGGAGUGGUACAAGUUUAAUGAUGAAGACAUUGAGAAGAUGGAGGGCAAGAAACUGCAGUUGGGAAUUGAGGAAGAUCUAGCAGAACCCUCCAAAUCCCAGACUCGUAAACCCAAGUGCGGGAAAGGGACCCACUGCUCCCGAAAUGCCUACAUGCUGGUGUACAGGCUGCAGACCCGGGAGAAAUCCCUGACAGUUGAAGUACCAGCUUUUCUGCAGGAGCUGGUCGAGCGCGAUAAUUGCAAGUUCGAGGAGUGGUGCAACGAGAUGGCCGAGAUGCGCAAGCAGAGCGUGGCCAGGGGCAAAAUCAAACACGAAGAGGUGAAGGAGCUCUACCAAAAGUUACCUGCUGAAGCUGGUUCCCCGUAUGACUUUAUCUCUCUGGAAUGGCUGCAGAAGUGGCUGGAUGAGUCUACUCCUCCAAAACCUAUAGACAACACAGCCUGCCUGUGUGCACAUGGCAAACUCCACCCAGAUAAAAUCUCCAUUAUGAAGAGGAUAUCAGAGUACGUGGCUGACUUCUUCUACCGGAGAUAUGGAGGAGGCCCCCGGCUGAAUGUCAAAGCACUUUGCAAGGACUGUGUGGUGGAGAGGUGUCGAAUCCUGCGCCUGAAAAACCAGCUAAACGAGGACUACAAAACUGUUACCAACCUGCUGAAGAUAACAGUCAAGGGGAAUGAUGGGUUUUGGGUUGGAAAAGCAUCCUUGAGGAGCUGGCGUCAGUUGGCUUUGGAGCAAUUAAAUGAGCAAGAUGAAGACACAGAGCAAAGCAACGGGAAAAUGAAUGGGGAUGCACAAAACAAAGAUGAAUCGAAUGAAGAGAAGAGAGAGGAGGAAGAGGAGUUAAAUUUUAAUGAAGACAUCGUUUGCCCACAUGGUGACCUCUGCAUAUCCGAAAACGAACGCAGGGUGGUUUCCAAGGAAGCCUGGGAGAAACUCAAGCAAUAUUUUCCAAAGGCCCCUGAAUUCCCAAAUAACAAAGAGUGCUGUUCCCAGUGCAAGAUUUUGGAACGUGAAGGGGAAGAAAAUGAAGCUCUGCAUAAGAUGAUGGCCAGCGAGCAGAAGACUUCUCUCCAGAACCUGUUUCAUGAUAAAUGCAGACCGUGCCUGGGCACCUGGCCUCAGGAGACAGAUGAGCUGUACAUUGUUUCGCAGUUCUUUGUAGAAGAAUGGAGGAAAUUUGUCAGGAGGCCGACGCGCUGCAGCCCCGUGUCCUCGGUAGGAAACAGUGCUCUCCUCUGCCCCCACGGGGGCCUCAUGUUCACCUACGCUUCCAUGACCAAAGAAGACUCCAAACUUAUAGCUCUAAUAUGGCCCAACGAGUGGGAGAGGAUUCAAAAACUCUUCGUGGUGGAUCACGUCAUCAAGAUCACCCGAACACGAGGUGCUGGGGCCGACCCCGAGGGUGCACAGUACAGCUCUGAGCCCCAGCUCUGUCCAGAGUGCAGAGAAGGGUUGUUGUGCCAACAGCAGCGGGACUUGAGGGAGUACACCCAGGCAACCAUCUACAUCCACAAAGUGGUGGACAAUAAAAAGGUAAUGAAGGACGCUGCUCCAGAGCUGAAUGUGAGCAGCUCAGAAGCUGAAGAGGAAAGGGAGGAAAACAAGCCAGAGGGGGAGCAAGACCCAGAUUUUAACCAGGCCAAUGGUGCAGCGAAGCGCCAGAAGGUUUCUCACCAGAGCUACAUCACGUUCCAAAAACAAGGCAUCAGGAGGAGCACCCGGCACCGGAAAGUCAGAGGGGAGAAAGCACUGCUUGUUUCUGCUAAUCAGACACUGAAGGAGCUGAAAAUACAGAUCAUGCAUGCAUUUUCAGUUGCUCCCUUCGACCAGAACUUGUCCAUCGAUGGGAAGAUCCUGAGCGACGACACGGCCACGCUCGGCAGCCUGGGGGUCAUCCCUGAGUCUGUCGUUUUACUCAAGGCUGAUGAACCCAUUGCAGAUUAUGCAGCGAUGGACGACGUUAUGCAAGUUUGUAUGCCUGAAGAAGGAUUUAAAGGAACUGGUUUACUUGGACACUGAUGGUUUUCUAAACGUUGGCAACAGAGGAGAUACCAGAAGGGAAGAGGAUUUGACAUGGUAGGGCAUUAAAAGAGAAAAAAAAGGUGGAUACAGAACCGAACUUUGACUCUUCCAGAAGGCAGAAACCCUCUUUGAAAUGACUGCCCCCUCCUUCCCCCCCAAAAGAAAACAAAUUGCCUUAUGUCAAAGCAGAUUGCACUGGAGGACAUCCUGCCUUCAAGAGAACGUUCCCCAUUUUAUAUUUAAUAAAAGCAACAGGAAGGUUGGAAAGUUGAGCAGCAGUAAGAGCGUGUUGUGUUCCCAGGAGAGGGAGAGGGACGUGUUCCCUGCUGGGAUUCCCUGUCCCAAAUCCCACUCCUGGUCUGGAGUCGCUCUUGAGGCCUUGGCAUCGCUCUUCAGGCUUAACCUUCUUAUGGAUCAUCCUCUUUCUGAUCCUCUCUUACUCUCAGUACAGCAUGGAAGUAAUGAGAUUGUUUGUGAGGAAUGUCUGGCUCGUUCCAACACAAAAACUUCACCUCUUUAACCCAAAAAAGAAGCUGGGCUUUGCCUCCGAGAACCUUCCAUGGCAUCAGCUGCUCCGCCUUCACUUCCAAACCUUGGAUGAUCUUUAAUAACCUCCUCCUCUGUCGCUGUUGAAUGUCAUUUUUUAGAAACCUUGGGGUGUUUUAUCAACUUUGGAGAACAUCUUUUCCUCCAAUCCAGGACUUCCAGGAGUGCCCAUGGCUCGAGGAGCGGGCGAAGGGCGCGUGGGCGGGCAAUGUGUUUCCCACGGGAAAAAGUGUUUUGGUGUCCAUCCCCCCCACCACCCUGUUUUUUCAGGAAUGCACUAAUAAUUAUGACUUUUUACAUCCCAUGGCCCAUAAGCAGCAGGAACUAGCUCAAAACUUCCAGAUUUAGGGGGGAAAAAAGGGUUUCUCCGUAAGAAAGUCAGACACUUCCUCUCCCUUGUCAACCUUUUCACUUUGUUUCCGUGACAAAACGUGUGGCUGAGGUUGGGUCCCUGCCACCUCCCCUUGAGUUUUUGAAAGGAUUGCAGGAAUUUGGGACAUAUCCCAUCCCAACAAGCCUGGUAAUGUUCAUCUCCACUCUUAACUUUGAUGCCAGGAAUUGGAGCUGCUCCUUGCUGAGCAUGAAGGCUCCGUGUCUUCUCCAUCUCUGCUGGGUUUUGGGGCCUUGGAGAUCCUAAAAAGAAGUGGGUUUGGGGGCAAUUUUGACUCACAAAAUUCUUUCCCAAGGUAAAGAUGUUGACGGGAAUUGAUCAGAAUGAAGCUGAAUCCUUUGGGAACGUGCAGGAGGUUUUCUUCUUCCCAAACAGAAGGUCUCUCCUGUGUACAGUAUUCCCUGGGAAAUUCCUUUGGGAUUUGUUUUUUGUUUGGGUUUUUUUUUGUUGUUGGCCUUUUUUCAGUUUACUGUUAAUUUCGGCUUUUUUUAACGUUCCAAAAAAUCUCUUUACUUGAGCUUAAAACGUUGCAAAGUGGAACUCUGAAGUCAGUGGGAAGGACUGGGCUGGGGCUGGGGGUGGUUCCAGCCUUUCCCGGAGGAUCCAGGUACAAGAUGUUGCCAUUUUCUCUCUUGUUGUUUCCAAACUUUGUUGGAUUAAACUUGUUGUUGGAGCCGUGGAA